AUGAGUGUGGAUGUAGCUUCUCCCCAAAACCUUCUUGAAGCUUCCGAUUCUAAAAACUCAUCACCAGUAACUACCAGUUUGGGGGCUAAAGAAGAUGGUACAUCCUUGCAAAUGUCGUCUGCCGAGCCCCCCUACUCAGAGACAGCCAGGUCUCCACUUCCUUCCUCCGUGGACCUGCUUCUGCAGAAGAGCCCGGAUUCUUCCACCAGUCCCAAAGUCCAGCUGCCCGCCUCUGCGGAGACGGACGCAGCCAGGAAGGAGAGUAAGGGCCAGGGCAAGAAGCAGAAGGUGCGAACGGUGUUCUCUCAGACGCAGCUGUGCAUCCUCAAGGACCACUUUCAGAAACAGAAGUACCUCAGCCUCCAGCAGAUGCAAGAACUUUCCGAAGUCCUGAAUCUCAGCUACAAACAGGUGAAGACCUGGUUCCAGAACCAGAGAAUGAAAUGUAAGAGGUGGCAGAAAACCACCAACUGGUCCAAGAAUAACCAUGCUGUGACUCAGGUCUCUGCACCUACAGAAUACCUGGACGUCUGUGCUUCCUACCACCAAGGAUGCCUUCCUUCUGGAAACCUGCCCAUGUGGAGCAACCAGAGCUGGAACAGCCAGGCCUGGAACAACCAGAGCUGGAACAGCCAGGCCUGGAACAAC